AUGCCAGGCCAGGCCGCGGCACAUCACUUGGUGGUCACCAAGCCUGGGAAGGGGCCCGCGGCCACCAAGGAGAGCGGCUGGGGCCUGUGGCCCCGGCGCGAGCGGGAGUGCCCCGAGUGCCAGAUCGUCUCGCUGGGCACCUACAGCCCCAUCCGCGGGGGCUUCGCCGGCCGCGCCGACAAGAUGGAGAUGAAGACGUGGAAGUCCACCGAGCACAACAUGGGCAUGGCCUUCAGCAGAGACACCUACCAGAAGCUCAUCGAGUGCACGGAUGCCUUCUGCACCUACGAUGACUACAACUGGGACUGGACUCUGCAGCACUUGACUGUCUCUUGUCUUCCAAAGUUCUGGAAAGUGCUGGUUCCUGAAAUCCCCAGGAUUUUUCAUACGGGGGACUGCGGCAUGCACCACAAGAAAUCCUGCAGACCCUCCACCCAGAGUGCCAAAAUCGACUCUCUCUUGAACAGCAACCAACAGCACCUGUUUCCCGAAACGAUGAGCGUCAGCAAAAGGUACUCCAUGGCACCCCUUUCCCCUCAUGUGAAAAACGGAGGGUGGGGAGACAUUAGGGACCACGAACUCUGUAAAAGUUACCGCAGACUUCAGUGAGGAUCGUUCUCGCAGCCUUUUUCUUUUCGAGUUGUCCCAUACUGUCUUUUACAGGCACACACACGUGUAUAAAAAAGAAAAAAAAAGCAUUUAUGAGUUGGUUUCUGCUUUAAGGUGAAUAAACAUUCUUGUAAAAGGUGUCCCAAAA